GAAUCUCAGGUGAACAGUAUGAUCAAGGCCAACUGCAAGAGUCGUUUCUCAGCUCAUGAACUCUUUGGCUUUGAUAUCAUGCUGGAUGAGACCCUCCGUCCAUGGAUUCUAGAAGUCAAUAUAUCUCCAAGUCUCCAUUCCAACGCUGAGCUGGACGUCCAGGUCAAAGGUGAAAUGAUCAAGGAUCUCCUCAAUCUGAGCAGCUUCAUGAUCCCUGAUAAGAACGAUGUCUUCACCGCAGUCCUACCUCCAAACGGAACAACAAAGAUCGAUUACAGUAGCGUGAUCAUGAAGAAGAAUCUCUACAGCAAUCACAUAGCCAAAGAUGAGCGAGCCAAGCAUGCUUUCUACACACAGAAGCAUAUAGAUGAGCAAUGCAAGAUGUCCAUCCUUGACACGCUCACGCCCGAUGACAUCCGGCAUCUGGUGCAGACGGAGGACGAGUUCAGUCGACGCGGUAACUUUGAGCGUGUCUUCCCUUGUCCGUCGUCUCAGAGGUACCACCGGUUCUUUGAGGCUCCCCGCUACUACAACGUUCUGCUGGAUGAAUGGGUGAGGAAGUACCACAGGCAACCUGCAAGAGGUCUUGCUCUUCUAGAAGACUACUGUAUGGAAGGGAUCCAUCUUGCCACAAACAAGGACGAUAGCCACACUUGGACUCCGAUCUCCAGCGUAAUCAGCACGCGAGAGCCGCGCACCUCGAGUGCUCCCACCUCUAGCUUUCCAAUGCCUGUGCAUCCAUCGUUACAAAAGAGCUCCUCCGCCAAGUCUCUGCCUAAGAUACAACGAGGAGGCAGUAAGAUGCGAUCCAUGUCAUCCUCCAGCAGUACCCACUCCCUCCCUGGUGGGGGCCGCGCCCUGCCACGCCCGCCUUACUCCCACCGCGUCCCCGACGGAGGCUGCAGCACCAGCACCACCCCGCCCAGUUGAUGGGGGCCACGCCUGCCCUCCAUGCCCCAGGAUCAGAUAGCCUCUCGGCAGUGGAAGCAACCCAAGAAGCUCUCGGCAUCAGCGCGGGCGUUGGCCAGACACCACACCCCCUCGCUGAGAGUCAGGUACGGGUUCCUCCUGGCCAGCGCCAAGCAGAACGGACUUCCGCCCGGCGGCAUCCGAAGCAGAUAUCCUAGACGAUUACAGAGACUACCCAACCUCCCCCACCAACCAAAAAUGUGAAGUUUCCAAUAUUUUCUGUGAAGUAUUUCAUUUACAACCUAAUACAUAGCCAUACAAAUUUUUUGUCUUCUUGAAAACAUUUCCUUAUCUUUAUACUCUAGAUGUUGAUCUUGUGCAUUUUCAUUUCAUUGUGUAGUCAUGUGUUACUGGUAGUUGAAGAUUGCUCCUAAUUUCUUCUGCGUCUGUUUGUAUCGUAAGAUAUCAUUUGCCGAGAACCAAAUAGUGUUAACAUUCAAAUUAUUUAUUUAACCAUAAUCAUAAAAGACAUACAAACAAUAAUACAAAAAUACAGUAUGGAAUAUGGACAGGACCCGAAGAAAAGCAAAUUCUUGUGAGGAAUAGCCCUGAAAGAGAGGGAAAAACAAUGAAACAAAUAUUGGGUAAAUACAGAGACAAAGUAAUCAAUAAUAGAACAAGAUCAAUAGAGAUGGUAU